AUGGCAGAAGGGGGCGAGGGAGAGGAGGAGAUCCAGUUCCUGCGAACGGAUGACCAGGUUGUUCUGCAGUGCACCGCCUCCCUCCUGAAGGAGCAGCAGAUCAAACUAUGUCUGUCCUGCGAGGGCUUCGGGAACCGUCUCUGCUUCCUGGAGACCACGUCCAACGCUCAGAACGUGCCCCCGGACCUGGCCAUCUGCAGCUUCAUCCUGGAGCAGUCCCUGUCGGUUCGGGCUCUGCAGGAGAUGCUGGCCAACACGGUGGACAUGACUGAGACAGUCGAUUUGGACCAAUGGUCGUCCCAAGGUGGAGGUCAUCGUACUUUACUGUAUGGUCACGCCAUCCUCCUGAGACACCACCACUCAAGCAUGUACCUGAGCUGUUUGACGACAUCUCGCUCCCUCACAGACAAGCUGGCCUUCGACGUGGGCUUACAAGAAGAUUCCACUGGGGAGGCCUGUUGGUGGACCAUUCACCCAGCGUCCAAGCAAAGGUCAGAAGGUGAGAAGGUCAGGGUGGGUGAUGACCUCAUCCUCGUCAGCGUGUCCUCUGAGAGAUACCUGCACCUGUCGUACGCCAGUGGAGAUCUGAUGGUGGACGCCUCCUUCAUGCAGACUCUGUGGAACAUGAAUCCAAUCAUGUCAGGGUGUGAACUCGCUGAAGGGUUUCUGACGGGAGGUCACGUGUUGAGACUCUUCCAUGGACACAUGGACGAGUGUCUCGCCAUCUCUACCCCAGAGGAAGGAGAGGAGAAGCGAAGGAUGGCUCACUACGAAGGUGGUGCUGUGUGCAGUCAGGCUCGAUCCCUGUGGAGGUUGGAGCCUCUAAGAAUCAGCUGGAGCGGGAGCCACAUGAAAUGGGGGCAGUCGUUCCGUAUCCGCCACAUCACCACAGGCCGGUACCUGUGCAUGGAUGAAGACAAGGGCCUGUCGGUGGUCGACCCAGAGAGGGCCAACACCAAGCUCGCCGCUUUCUGCUUCCGGGCCACGAAGGAGAAGGUGGAGGUGGCUCAGAAGCGUGAUGUGGAGGGGAUGGGCAUUCCAGAGAUCAAGUAUGGAGAGUCCAUGUGCUUCGUCCAGCAUGUGUCCACCGCCCUGUGGCUCACAUACGCUGCUCUAGAUGCCAAAGCUGCUCGUCUGGGAAUGAUGAAGAGAAAGGUCAUUCUGCACCAGGAGGGUCACAUGGACGACGCCCUGACUGUGUCCCGCUCUCAGGUUGAGGAGUCUCAGGCUGCUCGAAUGAUUUACAGCACCGCAGGUCUCUUCAGGCAGUUCAUCAAGGGAUUGGACUCUCUGAGCGGGAAGAGCAAGUCUCCGGGGGCCGUGUCGCUCCCUCUGGAGGGCGUCAUCCUCUCUCUCCAGGAUCUCAUCUUCUACUUUCGCCCGCCCGAGGAGGAGCUGGAGCACGAGGAGAAACAGACCAAGCUCCGCUCCCUCCGCAACCGUCAGAACCUCUUCCAAGAGGAGGGAAUGAUCACCAUCGUGCUGGAGUGCAUCGACCGCCUGAACGUGUACAACACCGCUGCUCACUUCUCUGAAUUUGCCGGGGAGGAAGCUGCAGAGUCCUGGAAGGACAUUGUCAACCUCCUCUAUGAGCUUCUGGCUUCUUUAAUCAGAGGAAACCGCUCGAACUGUGCGUUGUUCUGUGACAACCUGGACUGGCUGGUCAGCAAGCUGGACCGGCUGGAGGCCUCCUCUGGUAUUCUGGAGGUGCUGUACUGUGUGCUGAUUGAAAGCCCCGAGGUUCUGAACAUCAUCCAGGAGAACCACAUCAAAUCCAUCAUCUCCCUCCUGGACAAGCAUGGAAGGAACCACAAGGUCCUGGAUGUCCUGCGCUCGCUCUGUGUGUGUAACGGUGUCGCUGUGAGGUCCAACCAGAACCUCAUCACUGAGAACCUGCUCCCGGGUCGGGAGCUCCUGCUGCAGACCGCCAUCGUCAACUAUGUCACCAGUGUGAGGCCCAACAUCUUCCUGGGAACCUGUGAGGGAUCCACGCAGUUUAAGAAGUGGUACUUUGAGAUGAUCGUGGACUACGUGGAACCGUUCGUCACGGCGCAGGCCACACACCUGCGUGUGGGCUGGGCCAUGACGGAGGGCUACAGCCCCUACCCCGGAGGAGGGGAGGGCUGGGGGGGCAACGGCGUGGGAGACGACCUCUACUCUUACGGAUACGAUGGACUGCAUCUGUGGUCGGGUACCGUUGCUCGCCAGGUGGCGUCGCCCACUGCUCACACGCUCGCCGCAGACGACGUGGUCAGCUGCUGUCUGGACCUGAGCGUCCCCAGCAUCUCCUUCCGGAUCAAUGGCUUCCCAGUUCAGGGCAUGUUUGAGAACUUCAACGUGGACAGUCUCUUCUUCCCGGUCAUCAGCUUCUCUGCUGGAGUCAAGGCUCGGUUCCUCCUCGGCGGUCGUCAUGGAGACUUCAAGUUCAUGCCCCCCCCCGGCUACGCCCCGUGCUACGAGGCUGUGCUGCCCAGAGACCGGAUGCGCAUCGAACCCAUCAAGGAGUACAAGCACGACUUCAGUGGCGUGCGCAACCUGCUGGGUCCCACGCUGUCGCUCACCCACACCUCCUUCACCCCCUGCCCCGUGGACACCGUGCAGAUUGUGUUGCCGCCUCACUUGGAGCGAAUCAGAGAGAAGCUGGCAGAGAACAUUCACGAGCUCUGGGCUGUGACUCGUAUCGAGCAGGGCUGGACGUACGGGACCUUCAGGGACGACAAUAAGAAACUGCAUCCGUGUCUGGUGGACUUCCAGGGUCUUCCUGAACCAGAGAGGAACUACAACCUGCAGAUGUCGGGAGAGACUCUGAAGACUCUCCUGGCGCUGGGUUGUCACGUCGGUAUGGGUGAUGAGAAAGCAGAGGAGAAUCUGAAGAAGAUCAAACUGCCCAAGACCUAUGUGAUGACCAAUGCAUACAAGCCUGCCCCCCUUGACCUCAACCAUGUCAAACUGACCCCAAAUCAGAACCAGCUGGUGGAGAAACUGGCAGAAAAUGGACAUAAUGUUUGGGCGAGGGAUCGGGUCCGACAGGGAUGGACCUACAGUAUCGUGCAGGACAUCAUGAAUAAGCGAAACCCUCGUCUGGUGCCUUACAACCUGCUGGACGAGAAAACUAAGAAAACCAACCGAGACAGUGUUAACAACGCUGUCCGCACUCUCAUCGGCUACGGAUACAACAUCGAGCCUCCAGAUCAGGAGAGCACCGGCCACGGCCUGGAGAACACCCGUGGGGACAAGGUCCGGAUCUUCAGGGCCGAGCGCUCGUACGCCGUCACCCAGGGGAAGUGGUACUUUGAGUUCGAGGCCGUGACCACGGGGGAGAUGAGAGUCGGGUGGGCACGUCCGAACGUCAGAUCCGACACUGAACUGGGAGCAGAUGAGCUGGCCUACGUCUUUAAUGGCAAUAAGGCUCAGAGGUGGCAUGUUGGGAACGACCCAUUCGGGCGCCAGUGGCUGUCGGGUGACGUCGUGGGUUGUAUGAUUGACCUCGUCGAGAUGAACAUCAUGUUCACGCUCAACGGAGAAAUGCUGAUCAGUGACUCGGGCUCUGAUAUGGCUUUCAAAGAUAUUGAAAUUGGAGAAGGUUUCAUCCCGGUGUGCGCUCUAGGCUUGUCUCAGGUCGGGAGGAUUAAUCUUGGUCAGAACGUCAGCAGCCUGCGCUACUUCGCCAUCUGCGGCCUGCAGGAAGGAUUCGAACCCUUCGCCAUCAACAUGAAGCGAGACAUCACCAUGUGGUUCAGUAAAAGUUUGCCCCAGUUUGUGCCUCUGCCCACCGAUCACAACCACAUCGAGGUCUCACGUGUGGAUGGAACUGUGGACAGCGCCCCCUGUCUGAAGCUGAGCCACAAGACCUUUGGCUCACAGAACGCCAACACGGACAUGAUGUUCCUCAGACUCAGCAUGCCCGUCCAGUUCCACGAGACCUUCAAGGUCACAGCAGGAACCACCAAUCUCACCCGGAUGCUCACCAUCCCAGAGGAGGAGGUGGUGGUGAUUGAGCCCGACUCAGAGUUUGAAGUUUUGAAGAAGUCCGCCAGCCGAAAGGAGCAGGAGGAGGACAAGAAGGAGCCGUCCGUGCCCAAGGAACUCUCUGUGGAAAACGAGAAGGACUCAAUGUCAGAAAAAGGAAAGAAAAUGGGAUUUUUCUCCAAGGCUAAGAAGGCAGCCAUGACGCCUCUCAACCCUCCUCCACCUCCAGCGGUGCCACGUUUGCCGGAGGACGUUGUCCCCGAUGACAGAGACGACCUUGAUAUCAUCCUCAGCACCACCACUUAUUACUAUUCUGUGAGGAUCUUUGCCGGGCAGGAGCCCACUGGUGUGUGGGUGGGCUGGGUCACUCCCGACUACCACCAGUACGAUCCGACCUUUGACCUAUCCAAAGUACGCAGUGUCACGGUUACUGUGGGAGACGACAGAGGCAACGUACACGACAGUAUGAAGCACAGUAACUGUUACAUGGUUUGGGGAGGAGACCUGGUCAGUAACCAGCAGACCCGCUUCAGUCAGGAGGACAUGGUGGUCGGCUGUCUGAUUGACCUGGCAACGGGUCUCAUGACCUUUACAGCCAAUGGAAAGGAGAUAAACACCUUCUACCAGGUGGAGCCCAACACCAAGCUGUUCCCUGCCGUCUUAGUUCAGCCGACCAAUCAGAACAUGGUGCAGCUGGAGCUCGGCAAACUCAAGAACAUUAUGCCCAUCUCGGCAGCAAUGUUCCGCAGUGAGCGCAACAAUCCCGUCCCCCAGUGUCCGCCCCGGCUGGACGUGCAGAUGCUGACCCCGGUGAUCUGGAGCCGAAUGCCCAAUCACUUCCUGAGCCCGGAGGUGGGCAAAGUGAGCGAGAGGCUGGGCUGGAUGGUGGAGUGCACGGAACCUCUCAUCAUGAUGGCCCUGCACAUCCCAGAGGAGAACCGGUGCAUUGACAUCCUGGAGCUGUCGGAGCGUCAGGACCUCAUGAAGUUCCACUACCACACCCUCAUGCUCUACUGCGCCGUGUGUGCUCUUGGCAACAACCGCGUGGCUCACGCCCUGUGCAGCCAUGUGGAUGAAUCCCAGCUGUUCUACGCCCUGGAGAACACCUACCUGCCCGGACCUCUCCGCAGCGGCUACUACGACCUGCUCAUCAGCAUCCACCUGGAGUCGGCCAAGCGGGCUCGGCUGGGCACCAACAGGGAGUUCAUCGUGCCCAUGUCCAAAGAGACUCUCAGCAUACAUCUCUACCCGGACACGAAGAACGCUUACUCCCUCCCCGGUGUCGGCCUCACCACCUGCUUACGGCCAAAGCUGCAUUUCUCCUCCAUCAACUUUGUCGGCACGGACCCUGAUCUGUACACGCUCAGUCCCGUCUUACCUCUACAGGACCUGAAGACCCGGGCGAUUAGCAUGUUAACAGAAGCUGUGCUGGACGGUAGCCAGGCCAUGCGCGAUCCAGUAGGUGGCAGUGUGGAGUUUCACUUCGUCCCGAUCCUGAAACUGAUUAGCACGCUGCUCAUUAUGGGCAUCUUCAACGACGAGGACACCAAGCACAUCCUCAAGAUGAUCGACCCCAAUGUUUUCAGGGGAAAGGAAGAGGGGGAGGAGGAGGUGGAGGGAGAGAAAGCUGAGGAGGUUGCAGCUGCUGAGGGAAAGGGUGAGAAGGUAAAGGAGGGGGAUGUGGAUGAAGAGUCUGAACUCGAGGACGAAGGGGUUGGCGAGGAGGACGAGGAGAAAGCUGAACAUGAGGAUGAGCCUAAGGAGGAAGGAGAAGAGGGCGAGAAGGAGGGCAAGGCCUUAGUAGUGAAAGUUGAUGGAGAGAAGGCAGAGGAGGAGAAGGAGGCGGAGGCGGUGGAGGCAGAAGCAAAAGAAGAGGAGGAGGGUCUGGAUGAAGGAUUACUCCAGAUGAAGCUGCCAGAGUCCGUCAAACUGCAGAUGUGCACACUGCUGCAGUACUUCUGCGACUGCGAGCUGCGACACAGAGUUGAAGCCAUCGUGGCCUAUUCAGACCAGUUCGUCAAAGAUAUCCAGGGAAACCAGCGUAUUCGUUACAACCUGCUGAUGAGAGCCUUCUCCAUGUCGGCUGCUGAGACCGCACGCAGGACCCGAGAGUUCAGGUCUCCGCCUCAAGACCAGGUUCUGUUGCUGACCAACUUUAAACACGGUCCAGAGAUUGAGAUCUGUCCAGUACCCGAGGAGGUGCGAGACACUUUGGGAGAGCUCCACAACGACCUCCUGCUUCACUGCGGAAUACAAAUUGAGGAGGAGGCAGAGGAGGAGGAGGUGGACGCUUCACUGGGCGGCCGACUCCUCAGUCUGGUGGACAAGAUCCGGAGCCUGCGCAGGAAGAAGGAGGAGGAACAGCCAGAGGUCGAUGAGGAGUCAAAGCCCGGCACCCUCCAGGAACUGAUCUCCCACACCAUGAUCCACUGGGCCCAGGAGUCCUUCAUCCAGAACCCUGAGCUGGUGCGCCUGAUGUUCAGUCUGCUCCACCGACAGUACGACGGCCUGGGCGAGCUGAUCCGAGCGCUGCCCAAAGCCUACGCCAUCAACGCCAUCUCCGUCCAGGACACCAUGGAUCUGCUGGAGUGUUUGGGGCAGAUCCGCUCGCUGCUCAUCGUCCAGAUGGGACCAGAGGAAGAGCGGCUCAUGAUCCAGAGCAUCGGGAACAUCAUGAACAACAAGGUGUUCUACCAGCAUCCUAAUCUGAUGAGAGCUCUCGGGAUGCACGAGACCGUCAUGGAGGUGAUGGUCAACGUGUUGGGAGGAGGAGGAGACUCGAAGGAGAUCCGAUUCCCUCAGAUGGUGACGAACUGCUGUCGGUUCCUGUGUUACUUCUGUCGUAUCAGCCGACAGAACCAGCGCUCCAUGUUUGACCAUCUCAGCUACCUUCUACAGAACAGUGGCAUUGGCCUGGGUAUGCGCGGGUCCACCCCUCUGGAUGUGGCUGCUGCUUCCUGCAUCGACAACAACGAGCUGGCCUUGGCUUUGCAAGAGCAGGACCUGGAAAUGGUGGUGACGUACUUGGCCGGCUGCGGACUGCAGAUGUGUCCAAUGCUCCUGGCGAAGGGAUACCCGGACAUCGGCUGGAACCCCGGUGGAGGAGAGCGAUACCUGGACUUCCUCCGCUUCGCUGUCUUCGUCAACGGAGAGAGCGUGGAGGAGAACGCCAACGUGGUGGUGCGUCUGCUCAUCCGUCGCCCUGAGUGCUUCGGCCCCGCCCUGAGAGGAGAGGGGGGGAACGGUCUGCUGGCCGCCAUGGAGGAGGCCAUCAAGAUCUCCGAGGAUCCAGCAAGGGACGGACCGACUGUCAAGAAAGACAGACGCUUCAUGUUCGGUGGUGAGGAGCAGCAUGAGGAGAACCGCUUGCAUCUGGGAAACGCCAUCAUGUCCUUCUACUCGGCCCUUAUUGAUCUGCUUGGCCGCUGCGCCCCGGAGAUGCAUCUGAUCCAAGCCGGCAAGGGUGAAGCUCUAAGAAUCAGAGCCAUCCUGAGAUCUCUGGUGCCCAUAGAGGAUCUGGUGGGAGUCAUCAGCUUGUCUGUGCAGAUUCCUGCCUACGGCAAAGAUGGAGGGAUUAUUGAGCCCAAGAUGUCCGCCAGCUUCGUGCCCGACCACAAGGCGUCCAUGGUGCUGUUCCUCGACAGAGUGUACGGCAUCGACAACCAGGACUUCCUGCUUCACGUCCUGGAGGUCGGCUUCCUGCCGGACAUGAGAGCGGCAGCUUCUCUGGACACGUUGGCGUUCAGUACAACCGAGAUGGCCUUGGCGCUGAACCGGUACCUCUGUUCAGCCGUCCUGCCGCUGCUCACCAAGUGCGCCCCCUUGUUUGCCGGGACGGACCACCGGGCCAUCAUGAUCGACUCCAUGCUCCACACCAUCUACCGCCUGUCCCGUGGCCGAGCGCUGACCAAGGCUCAGAGGGACGUCAUCGAGGAGUGCCUCAUGUCGCUCUGCAAGUACCUCCUGCCCUCCAUGCUGCAGCACCUGCUCAGACGGCUGGUGUUCGACGUGCCCAUCCUCAACGAAUAUGCCAAGAUGCCUCUCAAGCUGCUGACCAAUCACUACGAGCGCUGUUGGAAGUAUUACUGCUUACCUAACGGAUGGGCUAACUUCGGGGUGACCUCUGAAGAAGAGCUGCAUCUCUCUCGUAAACUCUUCUGGGGAAUCUUUGAAUCUCUGGCGCACAAGAAAUAUGACGCCGAGCUGUUCAAGAUCGCCAUGCCCUGCCUCUGUGCGAUAGCUGGAGCCAUCCCCCCCGACUAUGUGGACGCCACCUACUCCUCUCACGUGGAGAAGAAGGCCUCUGUGGACGCUGAGGGCAACUUUGAUCCCAAACCAGUGGAGACCACCAACACCAUCAUCCCCGAGAGGCUGGAUCUCUUUGUCAACAAGUAUGCUGAGCACACUCACGACAAGUGGGCUUUUGAAAAGAUUCAGAACAACUGGACCUAUGGAGAGUUGUUAGAUGAGAACGCCAAGACUCACCCGAUGCUUCGGCCGUACAAAACCUUCUCUGAAAAGGACAAGGAGAUCUAUCGUUGGCCCAUCAAAGAAUCCGUCAAAGCCAUGCUGGCCUGGGAGUGGACCUUGGAGAAAGCUCGGGAUGGCGAGGUGGAGGUGGAGAAGAAGGCCACCACACGCAAGAUCUCCCAGACAGCUCAGGCCACUUAUGAUCCCAGUCAUGGUUACAACCCUCAACCAAUAGACAUCACAGCGAAUGCCCUGUCCAGGGAGCUGCAGUCUAUGGCUGAACAGCUGGCUGAGAACUAUCACAACACCUGGGGCAGGAAGAAGAAGUUAGAGCUGCAGGCCAAAGGCGGCGGCAGCCAUCCACUGCUGGUUCCGUACGACACUCUGACGGCUAAGGAGAAGGCUCGGGACAGAGAGAAGGCCCAGGACCUGCUCAAGUUCCUCCAGCUCAAUGGAUACGCUGUCACCAGGGGCAUGAAGGACAUGGAGCAAGACAUUUCCUCCAUCGAGAAGCGUUUUGCUUAUGGUUUCCUCCAGAAGCUUCUGAAGUGGAUGGACAUCGCGCAGGAGUUCAUUGCUCAUCUCGAGGCUGUGGUCAGCAGUGGUAGAGUGGAGAAGUCCCCUCAUGAACAGGAGAUAAAAUUCUUUGCUAAGAUUCUAUUACCGCUGAUAAAUCAGUACUACAAGAACCACUGCCUGUACUUCCUCUCCACGCCUGCGAAGGUCCUGGGCAGCGGAGGCCAUUCCUCCAAUAAGGAGAAGGAGAUGAUUGCAAGUAUCUUCUGUAAGUUGGCUGCUUUGGUGAGACACAGAGUUUCUCUCUUUGGAACGGAUGCGGGCGCCGUGGUGAACUGUCUUCACAUCCUCUCUCGAUCGCUGGACGCCAGGACUGUGAUGAAGUCGGGUCCUGAGAUCGUGAAGGCCGGUCUGCGUCAGUUCUUUGAGAGCGCCGCAGACGACAUAGAGAAGAUGGUGGAGAACCUGAAACUGGGCAAAGUGUCCAGUAGAAACCAGGUGAAAGGUGUUUCCCAGAACAUCAACUACACCACCAAAGCUCUGCUGCCGGUCCUCACGUCGCUGUUCGACCACAUCGCCCAGCACCAGUUCGGAGACGACGUCAUGAUGGACGACUUGCAGAUAUCCUGCUAUCGCUUGAUGUGCAGUAUCUACUCUCUGGGCACAGUGAAGACUCCACAUGUAGAGAAGCAGCGACCGGCUCUUGGCGAGUGUUUGGCUCAUUUAGCAGCUGCCAUGCCAGUCGCCUUCCUUGAGCCUGAACUGAAUGAGUACAACGCCUUCUCUGUCUACACCACUAAGACUCCCCGAGAGCGAACCAUUCUGGGUCUUCCCAGCCAAGUGGAGGAGCUGUGCACCGACAUCCCCGGGCUGGAGAUCCUGAUGAAGGAAAUCAACGACCUCUCUGAGUCCGGCGCUCGCUACACAGAAAUGCCCCAUGUGAUCGAGAUCACGCUGCCCAUGCUGUGUAACUAUCUCCCCCGCUGGUGGGAGAGGGGCCUGGAGAACUUCCCCGAUCAGGAGGGCCAGCUCUGCACCUCGGUCACCUCCGAGCAGCUCAACCAGCUGCUGGGAAGCAUCAUGAAGAUCGUGGUGAACAACCUGGGUAUCGAUGAGGCCUCCUGGAUGAAGAGACUGGCAGUGUUCGCCCAGCCCAUCGUCAGCAGGGCCAAACCAGAGAUGCUGAAGUCUCACUUCAUCCCCACCAUGGAGAAGCUGAAGAAGCGUACGGGGAAAGUCGUGGCUGAGGAGGAUCAGCUGCGCAUGGAGGGAAAGAUCGAGCUGGACAGUGAGAACGGGACCAUCCGGGACGAAUUCUCUGUUCUGUGUCGGGACCUGUACGCUCUGUACCCGCUGCUCAUCCGCUACGUGGACAACAACAGAGCAAGGUGGCUGACGUGUCCGGACCCAGAUGCAGAGGAGCUGUUCAGGAUGGUGGGAGAGGUCUUCAUCUUCUGGUCCAAAUCUCACAACUUCAAGAGGGAGGAGCAGAACUUCGUGGUGAUGAACGAGAUCAACAACAUGUCUUUCCUGACGGCCGACAGUAAGAGCAAGAUGAGCAAGGCCGGAGACGGAGAGUCCGGCGGCUCGGAGGAGGAUCGCACGAAGAAGAAGCGUCGGGGGGAUCGCUACUCCGUGCAGACCUCCCUCAUCGUGGCCGCUCUGAAGAAGAUGCUUCCCAUCGGACUCAACAUGUGCUCACCUGCCGACCAGGAGCUCAUCAACCUGGCGAAGCUCAGAUACUCACUGAAAGACACAGAUGAAGAGGUGAGAGAGUUCCUGCACAACAACCUGCAUCUUCAGGGCAAGGUGGAGGACCCGGCCAUGCGCUGGCAGAUGUCUCUCUACAAGGAAAUGUCUGGAAAGGCUGAAGAUGCAGAGGUGCCUGCGAAGGUGGUGAAAAGAGUUCAGGAGGUUUCUGCUGUCCUGUACCACAUCGAGGUGACCGAGCAUCCCUUCAAGUCAAAGAAGAUGGUUUGGCACAAGCUGCUGUCCAAACAGCGCCGGAGGGCAGUGGUGGCCUGUUUCAGGAUGACGCCGCUCUACAACAUCCCCAAGCACAGAGCAACCAACAUGUUUUUGGACGCGUACAAGCGCAACUGGUUGGAGACGGAGGGUUACUCGUUUGAGGACAAGAUGAUCGACGACUUAUCAAAAGCCUUGGAAGGGGAAGAGGAGGAAGAGGAGGAGGAGACCGAGACGAAGCCCGACCCCCUUCAUCAGCUGAUUCUUCAUUUCAGCCGCACAGCUCUAACGGAAAAGACAAAACUUGACGUCGACCAUCUGUACAUGUCAUAUGCUGAUAUUAUGGCAAAGAGCUGCCACAGCGGUGAGGAGGACGGAGAACAGGAAGGGGAGGAUGCAGCCUUUGAGGUGCAACAGACAGAGAUGGAAAAGGAGAUGGAGAAACAGAGGCUUUUGUACCAGCAGUCCCGUCUACACAACCGUGGGGCUGCAGAGAUGGUGCUGCAGAUGAUCAGCGCCUGCAAAGGCGAACCCGGAGUCAUGGUUUCUUCUACUCUCAAACUGGGAAUCUCCAUCCUCAAUGGAGGCAACAGCGCCGUACAGCAGAGGAUGCUGGAUUAUCUGAAGGAUAAGAAGGACGUGGGAUUCUUCCUGAGCGUUCAGGCUCUGAUGCAGACCUGCAGCGUUUUGGAUCUGAACGCGUUUGAGAGACAAAACAAAGCUGAAGGACUUGGGAUGGUUUCAGAGGAAGGAACCAAUAAGAAGCUAGAACGUGAUGAGAAAGUGAUGGCAGACGAUGAGUUUACAUGUGACCUCUUCCGCUUCCUGCAGCUUCUGUGCGAGGGGCACAAUAACGAUUUUCAGAAUUACCUGAGAACUCAGACAGGAAGCACCACCACCAUCAAUAUCAUCAUCUGCACUGUGGACUACCUGCUGCGACUGCAGGAGUCCAUCAGUGACUUCUACUGGUACUACUCAGGGAAAGACAUCAUGGAUGCGCCCGGCAAGAGGAACUUCUCCAAAGCCAUGACUGUGGCCAAGCAGGUCUUCAACAGCUUGACUGAGUACAUCCAGGGUCCCUGUACUGGGAACCAGCAGUCACUGGCCCACAGCAGGUUGUGGGACGCCGUGGUCGGCUUCCUGCACGUCUUCGCUCACAUGAUGAUGAAACUCGCUCAGAUGCACCCCGACCCCGGACAACGAAACGGCGAUCAUUUUUGGAGUAGAGUCCAGUCUGAGGAUUCCAGUCAGAUUGGGCUGUUGAAGGAACUGUUGGAUUUGCAGAAAGACAUGGUCGUGAUGCUUCUGUCGUUGCUUGAAGGCAACAUAGUGAACGGCACGAUCGCCAGGCAGAUGGUCGACAUGCUGGUGGAGUCCUCCAGCAACGUGGAGAUGAUCCUCAAGUUCUUCGACAUGUUCCUGAAGCUCAAGGACAUAGUGGCGUCCGAUGCCUUCCGGGACUACGUGACUGACCCGCGUGGGCUCAUCUCCAAGAAGGACUUCUCCAAGGCCAUGGACAGCCAGAAGCAAUACUCUCCCUCAGAAAUCCAGUUCCUCCUCUCCUGCUCGGAGGCCGACGAGAACGAGAUGAUCAACUUUGAGGAGUUUGCCGAUCGUUUCCAGGAGCCGGCUAAAGACAUCGGUUUCAAUAUUGCUGUUCUGCUCACGAACCUGUCGGAGCACGUUCCUCACGACACCCGCCUGCAGAACUUCCUGGAGCAGGCCGAGAGCGUGCUCAACUACUUCCGCCCGUUCCUCGGCCGCAUUGAGAUCAUGGGAGCCAGCAGGAAGAUAGAGCGCAUUUAUUUUGAAAUCAGCGAGGCCAACCGCAACCAGUGGGAGAUGCCGCAGGUCAGAGAGUCCAAGCGCCAGUUCAUCUUUGACGUGGUCAAUGAGGGCGCUGAGAGCGAGAAAAUGGAGAUGUUUGUGAACUUCUGUGAGGACACCAUCUUUGAGAUGAACAUCGCUGCGUCCAUCUCCGAGCCAGAGGGAGACGGUGCAGAGGAGGAAGAUGACGAGGAGGAAGAGGAGGGUGCAGCCGAGGAAGUGGAGUCUGGAGACGGUGAGGAGGGCAAUGGAGAAGACGAAGGCCCGGAGUCCACCUCAGCCUUUGCCGACUUCCUGAAGAGCGUGGUGGACUUCUUCGGCAUGUUCACCUUCCGUAACCUGCGGCGUCGCUACCGCAAACUCCGGAAGAUGACCGUGAAGGAGAUGGUGAUCAGCCUGGUGACAUUCAUCUACACCGUUGUGAUGGGAAUCCUGAUGUUCGUCUACAGCGUGUGUAAGGGCUUCUUUACAUUCAUAUGGAAAGUUCUGUUUGGCGGCGGCUUAGUGGAGGGCGCCAAGAAGAUGACGGUGACAGAGAUCCUAGCCAGUAUGCCGGACCCAACGCAGGAUGAGGUUCACGGGGAUCUACCACCUGAACCCCGAGCUCGAGAUGUUCAAGACGUGGAUGAAGAGGAGGAACACUUGGAUUCAGGCGGCGGAGAGGAGGAAGAGGAGGAUGGUGAGAAAGGGGAAGGGGGACGCCUGCCUGGCUUCAAUACUCCUGGGGGACUCGGAGACUUUGGCGAGACGACAACUGAAGAGCCUCCAACUCCAGAGGGGACGCCGCUGCUGAAGAGGAAGCUGUUGGAGGCUACAGUGGCACCAGGAGAGGAAGUGGUGGUCCCACCGGCACCAGAGGCAUCUCCAGAGACCGAGAAAGCAGACACUGAGAAUGGAGAAAAGAAAGAGACGGUGGCACCCGAACCUGAGGUGAAGGCGCCAGAGCCAGAGAUUCUGGAGGAACCGGUGUUGAAGACCAAGGCGAAGAAGGAAAAGAAAACUGCAGAGCAAGGCUUUGAGCUGUGGAAUGAGCUGGAGAUUCAGAGGAUUAAAUUCAUGAACUACCUUUCUCGUAACUUCUACAACCUGCGGUUCUUGGCCCUGUUCAUCUCCUUUGCUCUCAACUUCCUCUUGCUCUUCUACAAGGUGUCCGACAGUCCUCCAGGUUCCAGCGACUAUGAGGGCUCUGGUGACUUUGAUGGCUCCGGCCUGUUCGAGGGCUCUGGCAUGUUUGAAGGCUCCGGUGCUGAGGAAGACGGCUCCGGAGUGGAGGACGGAGGAGAGGAUGAAGAGGAAGAAAGUCCCAUGUACUACUUCCUGGAAGAGAGAUCGGGUUACAUGAAUCCGUCCAUGGUUUUCUUCGGUGUCGUCCACACCCUCCUCUCCAUCAUCUGCAUCAUCGGCUACAACUGCCUGAAGGUCCCUCUGGUUAUCUUCAAGAGGGAGAAGGAGCUGGCCAGAAAGCUGGAGUUCGACGGACUCUACGUCACCGAGCAGCCGGAUGAGGACGACAUCAAGGGCCAGUGGGACAGAAUGGUGCUCAACACUCCCUCCUUCCCCAACAACUACUGGGACAAGUUUGUGAAGAGAAAGGUGCUAGACAAAUACGGAGACAUCUACGGCAGAGAGAGGAUUGCCGAGCUGCUCGGGAUGGACCUGGCUUCUCUGGACGUCAGCGCCAUGACGCAUGAGAAGAAGCCCGAGCCUGACACCUCAAUGUUCAGCUGGAUUACGGCUAUCGACAUCAAGUACCAGAUCUGGAAGUUCGGGGUCGUGUUCACCGACAAUACCUUCCUCUACCUGGUGUGGUACAUGUUGAUGUCGAUGCUCGGACACUACAACAACUUCUUCUACGCCGCCCUUCUUCUGGACAUCGCCAUGGGGGUGAAAACCCUGCGCACCAUCCUGUCCUCUGUCACUCACAACGGCAAACAGCUGAUGAUGACGGUGGGGCUGCUGGCGGUGGUGGUGUACCUCUACACCGUGGUGGCCUUCAACUUCUUCCGCAAGUUCUACAACAUGAGUGAGGACGAGGACGAACCGGACAUGAAGUGUGACGACAUGAUGACAUGCUACCUGUUCCACAUGUACGUGGGCGUGCGAGCCGGUGGUGGUAUUGGAGAUGAAAUCGAGGAUCCGGCUGGAGAUGAAUACGAGCUCUACCGAGUGGUGUUUGACAUCACCUUCUUCUUCUUUGUCAUCGUCAUCCUGUUGGCCAUCAUCCAGGGUUUGAUCAUUGAUGCCUUUGGAGAGUUGAGGGACCAGCAGGAGCAGGUCAGAGAGGACAUGGAGACCAAGUGCUUCAUCUGCGGAAUCGGCAGCGACUACUUUGACACGACGCCGCACGGCUUCGAAUCGCACACCUUGGAAGAACACAACUUGGCCAACUACAUGUUCUUCCUCAUGUAUCUCAUCAAUAAAGAUGAAACAGAACACACUGGACAGGAGUCCUACGUGUGGAAGAUGUACUCGGAGCGAUGCUGGGACUUCUUCCCGGCCGGAGACUGCUUCCGGAAGCAGUAUGAGGAUCAGCUCGGAUAA